CAGUUCCAUUUUUUCACCUUUCGCGUUCGGUUCGUAUAGUUCGCGCGUUUGAUUUUUCACAAUAAGAAAAUUUUUCACCAAAAUGCUUUCUACCCAUUUCGAGCCGUUGUUACAAACUAAUUGACAUUUAUGGAUCGCAAAUCUUUCGCAGCGCUACAACAGUUGUCGGUUGGGAUCCCAUACGCAUUGUGGAUAUUCGAUUUAAGCUUCGAUGGUUUAGCAUUCAAAGAUGAAAUCCAAACUUUGGAAGUGGAAAAAACUUCGGUUCAGACUGUGAAGCUGGGCUAUGCUCAUAACCCAUGUGAAUAUUGUAACAAUAACGCAAUUGUGCCAAUUACCGUUAAUGAGAAUUUCAACGCAUUGAACUUCGAACUCCAUUUCGCUAAAUCGUCGAUGCAGCAGACGAAACCACUAUUAUUGGAUGACUUACAAGUGCAAACGAUUUUCCUUCUACGCUCUGAGGAACGGUUCCCCAUAUGCAACGUAUUGAAAAACUCACUGACCAUCAAUUUUCGUCCGGUGGGUGGCGUUUGUGAAUGCAAUAAUAUUCAUGGCCAAGGAUUUAUAAAAGCAACGGAAGCAAAAGGCUUACCAAAGCCAAACUUUUUGGAUGAAUCAUCAACAGUAACAACAUGAUAUCGAGGUGGACUCUGCUUCUGAUUCCACUAAUGACCAGUUGUCUUCGUUCAACACUCGGGGCAAAAAAUAAUCGCAAUAACUACGUCAACAUUUCCGACAUAGGAGAACUUUCCAAACACCACGCCGUUAGUUUAUCGCUGUCCGAUAUUCUUCCACAACAUCACAAAACGUACGAUAAGAAUCGUGCUCCCAAACUGUUGGGUCAACCGACAGUUGUGUAUUUUCACGUUACCGUUCUGUCAAUAGAUUCCAUCAACGAAGAAUCAAUGACAUACGUAGCGGACAUAUUUUUGGCACAAAGCUGGCGGGACCCAAGGCUGCGGCUGCCGGAGAACAUGAGCGAAGAGUACCGGAUACUGGACGUCGACUGGCUGCACAACAUUUGGCGACCGGACUGUUUCUUUAAGAACGCCAAAAAGGUCACCUUCCACGAAAUGAGCAUACCAAACCAUUACCUGUGGCUCUAUCACGACAAAACGCUACUGUACAUGUCCAAGCUGACCCUGGUGCUGUCCUGUGCCAUGAAGUUCGAAUCCUAUCCGCACGAUACGCAGGUCUGCUCGAUGAUGAUCGAAAGUUGUAAGUAUGGAUGAGGUAAAAUUGGUGUUAUGCCUAAAUACAUCCGUAAAAAUUUUUGCUGAAUUUUGUCGGGUGUGAUUUAUUGUGAAGCUGAGGUUCAGCUUCAUUUACUGGUUCAUUCAGUAAAUCCCGCUGAUUACCAGGAACUUUUUUACAAAGAAUGAAAUCCAGUAAAUUUUUAAGAAAGCUCAGCAUAAAAUAUUACUGGAUCCUUCAGCUCAACAAAAUCCAACAAAAAUAGAAAGUCUUUGGUAUAUCGUUAUUGCUUGCCAAAUAAUAUGAUUCUGGAGAUUCAAAUUCUGUUUUGGGCAGGUGAGUGUUGUAAAUAACUUAAAAGUUUUCUUUCUACUUCAAUGGAUAUAUUCAUACAAAAAAAAAUCAAGCAUUUACAUUAUUAAUUCAAUAUACUUUCCUACCAC